UGCUGCUAUCCUACUCGCUACCCUGCCGAAUUUCGCGGACUCAUACUGUGUCUACAACAAAAUGGAAGAUGGCAGCGACAUCGACGUUCGCCAGAUUAGCGGCCAGGGUGCAAAAUCCAAUUAUUUUGCCCGGUUUGAGCAUAGACAAAUUCGUCCUGGAGAGCACGAAUGCUGUCCAUACGAUAGUUACGAUUGUAGUGAUAAACCAGAUAAAAAUUCUAUUGUUUCUUUUUGGUCUCACCACAGUAAUGAAAAGUUUUCGGAUUAUGGCGUCGAGAUCAAAUGCCCUGCUGGAGGAUUCGUUAUAUUUCACGGUACUAUGAAGGCUCCUAGAUUCAGCGUCUUUUAUGACAAUGGCGCUCCUCUCCAAAACCACAUCGGUUACCGCUACGUCAAUUUGCGCAAGUCACGUAAAAUGCAGACAAGUAGAGUCAAAAAAGGUCAAGAAGCUAAGAAAAAAGAGGCCAUCGGUGAUGACACUGUUGCCGACCGAAAAAAGCACGCCAAAGAUUCCGGAACUGCUGCUUCUACUAUUGAUGCCGGUGACAAAAACAGCAACAACGACGUGGAGAAUGCCACUAUUACUGUUUCUAACAGAGAAAACAAAUCCAAAUCCAAGGAUAACGGUGUUGACAAACAACAGAACAAUGAGGAAACUUAG